UAAGAGACGGAAGCAGAACGCUCCGAAAAACCUAGUUUUUGCACCUCCCAAAAUCUCUUUUGACUCAGGUGAUGAAAGAAGGAGAGUGCAUAAACUGGGCGGAGCUUCCGUCUGAACUAACGUCAUCCAUCCUGCGUAGGCUCAGCUCGAUAGAUAUAUUGGAAAACGCUCAGAGGGUGUGUACAUCAUGGCGUCACGUAUGUAAAGACCCUGAGAUGUGGCGUAAGGUAGACAUGCGUAACCUAGUAGACGUGGGGCUCAACCUCGAGAUCAUGUGCCGUCAUGCAGUCGAUCGUAGCCAGGGAGGUUUGGUUGAGAUUGACAUAUGGAAUUUCGCUACUGAUUCUCUACUCAACUACAUUGCUGAAAGGUCAAGUAACCUGAGAAGUCUUAGACUUGUAAUGUGCCCUCUAAUAACAAACGAUGGACUUGCCAAAGCUCUUGCGAAGCUUCCACUGCUUGAAGAACUCGAGUUCUCAUACUGCCCACUCUCAGUAGAAUCUCUGAGGCUUGUGGGCAGGUCCUGUCCUAAUCUCAAGACGCUGAAGCUGAACCGCCUGAGGUUGAUGCGUUUUCCGUACGAGAGUGACGAUGAUGCUCUAGCAAUCGCUGAAACAAUGCCCAAACUUAGCCACCUCCAGCUUUUCGCAAACAAUUUAACAGACGCUGGUUUAAACGCCAUUCUUGAUAAUUGUCCCAACCUUGAACAUCUCGAUCUACGUGAGUGUCGCAACGUUAAACUUUCAGGAGAUCUGAGGAAGAGGUGUUCCGAGAAGAUCAAAGUUUUGAGAGAACCUUUUGGUUGCAUCAUGCUUACUCAUGUUUUGGAACUUAUUUACGAUAUGUUACACAUCUCAAGAUGAUUAUCCGUAUGCCCCUUGUUACCAGUUUAGUAAAAGUUUGUGAGUUUAUUCU